UCCCAUGACAAACCGGAAGUAACCUUUUGCCCCUCACCGUAGGAAGUGUUUUCACCAAGAAAAAAACACUUUAUGCCUUUAAAAUGUACCGUUUAUUGGUGCCACAUACUUUAUAUGCACAAUUUAAGCUUUUGCCCACGCGGGUGACAACUCUAUGGCUCCCACGAGCCGCUGGGCGAGCUGGGCCGCCCGGACAGAGGAGUGUUUUUACCCAAAGGCGAUGCUACGCGAGCGAGUCCACCACCAAAAACCUUUCCUUGGUGUGGAUCUGUGGAGCUGGUGUGGGACUUGCCUUGGUGUUUGGACUGAAAUAUCACGCGGGGGCAGACAAAGGUUCGUGUGAUAACACAUCGACGGACCGUCAGAAUCAUCGAUACGAUGCUGCAAUCAAAGCGAGUCGAGUUUUGGUGGAACGAAUCCAGGUAGGCGCGCAGAGUGAAGUCGGAGCUCCCGGCCUGGUGGUGGCGGUGUCGGUGGAUGGAGUUUCUGUCUGGUGUGAAGGGGUCGGUUAUGCUGAUUUGGAGAAUCGUCUUCCAUGCGGCCCGGAAACCGUGAUGCGAAUCGCCAGUAUCAGCAAGUCGCUCACGUCGGCGGCUGCUGCGCGUCUCUGUGAGGAAGGGAAACUCGAUCUCGAUGCGCCUGUCCAGAAAUAUGUCCCAGAGUUUCCUCUAAAACAGUUUGAUGGACAGAAUGUCACAAUAACACCUCGCAUGAUUCUCUCCCACCUCAGCGGGAUUCGGCAUUACGAGAAGGACCCAAAUAAAGUGAGAGAGGAAAUGGAGAAAGCCAAGCGGCUUCUGAAACCGUCAAUGAUGGAGAAAAAGGAGGAUGUAAAUCAAAAUAAAGGUGAGCCCACUAAGCAAUCCAAAGAAGCUUCCCAGGCCAAGAAGAAAAAAGAGUUUGAGCAUGAGGAAUACUACUUGAUGGAAAAUUUUGAGAGUGUCACUCAAGCGUUGAACCUCUUUAAGAACGACCCACUCAUUUUCAAACCAGGCACAACAUUCUUGUACUCGACCCACGCCUACACCCUCCUCAGUGCAGUCAUCGAGCAAGCUGCGGGACAGCCCUUCCUGGAUGUCAUGACUAACCUCUUCCGGGAACUUGGAAUGCUCAAUACGGUGCCAGAUCAAAAUGAACCCAUCAUUUAUCAUCGUUCCAGGUAUUAUCAUCUGAACAAGCGAGGCCGGGUGGUGAACUGCCCGUACGUAGACAACUCGUACAAGUGGGCGGGCGGCGGCUUCCUUUCCACGGUGGGGGACCUGCUGCUCUUUGGUAACGUUCUACUCUACAGCUAUCAAAUGGCUCACAUUAAGGACACUGAAGGGCUGCUGCCCGGUUUCCUCAAACCCCAAACCGCCGUGGAACUUUGGACGGCGGUGGAUAAGACGGAGGCCAGCUGGGACAAGGACGGACGAUACAGUCAAGGCUGGCUGGUGGUGGACAAAGAGCAGAAAUACGGGCAUUGCAGGAAGCGCAAGCACUAUGUGUCGCACACAGGGGGCGCUGUGGGGGCCAGCAGUGUCCUGUUGGUGUUGCCCAGCGAGGAGAUGGAGCAGCGACGAGGACAGAAGGUCCUCCCGCAGGGCGUGGUGGUCAGCAUUCUCACCAACAUGCAGUCUGUGGCACUCAACAGCACAGCCCUGAAAAUUGCACACCAGUUUGACAAAGCCAGAAGCGCGAUGCCGUCCAAACAUAAUGGGUCAACGUUGUGUGUGUUUACGUGACUUACACACAGGAAAGUGUAUCCAUGGAGGCAAGUUUAUAGCACGUGCCUCCAUUCAUGCAAUAGGCAGCAUCCUCCCCAUCACAUGGCAUUCCAUGUUCUGUACAGACAAAGCAACUCGUAUGAAAUGGUGGCUCUAUCAAAAGGAAGUGUUUUUAAAUCGACUUUUAUUUCUUACCUGCCAUCAUCUGGAAGAUUUUUUUUUCUUUUUUAGGUGGAAGGUUACCUCGAGGUUACCUAGUUAAAAGUGUAGGAGAAAACGAAUUACAAGGAGGCUUACGAUUGAUCCCUGUGGAACACCUUCCGGAAA